AUGGCUUCAAGAAAACCUACUGAAGUAAAAUCCUCAUCAAGAAAGGAUAAGAAAGAAGCUUCCCAGGAUAAAUCAAUGAAUAUUUAUUUCUCUCCACAACAACAUAAAAUCCUGAAACAGAAAAUGAAUGACAUCAAUUCCAGUAAUGAUACCCUGGAAUCAGAGGGAAUAAAAAUAUCUGAAAAGGAUUUGUUAUUGCGUAGCAGCUUAAGAUCAAACUUGGAGGAAAUAAAGAUGGAAUUGGCUACGACUGCAGCAGAAAUCAAAUCAGAAAUUAAACAAGAGAUUAAUGUUCUUGCUGCUAAAAUGCAGAGAUUUGAGGAUCAAGAAAUGGAUUUUCAAGUAAAAACUCUUACAGAUGAAAGCCAGAAGGCCCAUAGUAAGAUUUUGGCCCUUGAACUCAAACUGAAUGAUAUGGAAGUUGCUGAAAAAAUUUACGUUUCAGAAAUAUACUGGAGAAGCGCACACAAGAGGACUUUUUGUAGACUUUUUUGUAGCUUUGGGAAUUACGUUUGA